AUGCGCAGUUUUUAUAAUAAAUGUUUUACGAAUAAAUUAAUAUCUGCACAUUCAUUAUUUUGUCAACAUGUAUCAACUUUAAAAAAUAAUAAAAAAGAAUGUUUUGAAGAUAUAAAGAGAAGUAAUAGAAUAAGCGAUGAAUUCUAUUCAUCACUUCUAUACGACUCUUAUAUAGAAAAUUUAAAAAGUACAAAGGAAUAUGUAUAUUUUAUAUAUUUGCAAGAUAUAUAUUAUAACAUAAAUAUUUUUAAGAACAAAGGAAGGUUAAAUAUUUCAAAUAAUGGUUUAUGCUAUGAUAAAUUAAAAGAUAAUAAUAAUAAUAAUAAUAAUAAUAAUAAUAUUAUUAAUAGUAAUAAUUUUAGUAAUUAUUAUAAUGCUUAUGCUAAAAAGAAAAGUUUUUAUCAUUCCUUUAUUGACCUUAAUGAAGCAAAAGAAAUAAGAAAAAAAAAAAAAACAAAUGAAAAAAGUGAAAAAAACAUUGUACAAUAUUUGUUAUGUAAUAUCAAUCCAAAUGAAAAUUAUAAUAUACAAAAUAUAUAUAACCAUAAUUUGAAUAAUAAUGUAAGUAUAGAAAUACAUAAAAAAAAUGAUAGUGUAAUGUAUCAUUAUAAUAAUAAUAAUAAUAAUGAGAAAAAGACAAAGACGUCUAAGAUGACAACGGAUAUUAAGUUGAAACAGAUCAAUAAUGUGUACAAAAAGUAUGUUCCUUACAAGAACAAAAUAAUAACACUAGGAUAUCCUAAUAAAUAUUACCCUACCAUAUACAGAUAUUUUAGUUCACAUAUAAAUAAGAAAGAAGACCCAGAAGAAAAUGAAAAAAAUAAAAAUAUACAUAUAAAUAUAAAUAUAAAUAAUGUUGAUAAUAGGUUUAAGGAAGAUUUUAUGUAUGAUAGUGUAUAUAAGAAUGAUUCAGAUAAACAUAAGAAGAAUACAAAUAAUAAUUUUGGUGAUGAAUUUGAAAAAUUAAAAGUUAAAGAAUUAGACAAAAUAUUAAACAAACUGGAAAUGUUAUAUGAUAAUAAAAAUAAUAAAAUGAAUAUAAAUGUUAAAAUUUUAGGAUAUAUAUUUAAAAAUUUUUUAUUAAAAAAUAAAGAAUUGAAAAGAAAAAUAUUUUGUUCCUUAUUCUUUUUAUUAUGCUCCAAAAUGGCUAUAAUAUAUACCCCCAUAUUAUUAUCCACAUUUAUAGAAAAUGUAAAUUUACAAAAAAGUUUAGGUAAUAGUAUAGAUAUAUAUAGUACUAAUAAAAGUAGUGUAUUAUUAUUAUGUGCUUAUGUCUUUUCUCGAGUAUUAUCAUCUACUAUGAAUGAAUUAAGAAAUAGUGUUUUUAGUAAUAUUAGUCAAAAAAUUUCUACAUUUGUAAGCAAAUUAUUUUUUUAUAAAAUACAUAAUUUAAAUUUAACAUAUAUCUUAUCAAAAAAAAAUGGAGAAUUAUCAUUUAUUUUUAAUAGAGGAUGUAAAAGUAUAACAAAUUUAUUAAAUGUUAUGGUAUUUCAAAUAAUACCUAUAAUUAUAGAAUUUAUUCUUUAUCUAUAUAUAUUAACGUAUAAAAUACAUUAUACUGUUUCACUUGUUACAUGUUUUAAUAUGUUUCUUUAUGUACUCUUCACUACAUUGAUUACUAAAAGGAGAACUAUUAUUAGAAAACAUAUGAAUAAAGCUGAGCAAAAUACAUUCAAUAUAUUUUUAGAUUCUAUACAAAAUGUCGAACAAGUAAAAUAUUAUACAAAUGAAAUACAUGAAUUAAAAAAAUUUAUAAAAGAACAAAAAAAAUAUGAAAAAGAAGCUAUCAAUGUUCAAAAAUCUUUGUCUUUCUUAAAUUUUGGACAACAAAUUAUUUUAAAUACAAACCUGUUUCUAUGUAUGUAUCUAACCUAUCUAAAUAUUGCAAAUGAUAUUUUCCCAUUUAGUUAUUUAAUAUUAGUAAAUACUUUAUUAUUUCAGCUAGCCAUGCCAUUAAAUAUGUUCGGAACAAUAUAUAGGGAAACCAAGUUAAGUUUAGUAGAUAUUGAAUCUAUGAUAAAAAUAUUAGUAAAGAAAAUUAAAUCACCUGAUUAUGGAAAUCAAAUGCUAAUAAAAAAUGGAAAUAUUAAAUUUGAAAAGGUUUAUUUUAAGUAUCCUUUAAAUGAAGAUAUAAAUGGAUUAGAGCAAAAUUAUCAAGCUAAAGAAAAGGAUCCUAACAUAAUAAAUAACAUCAAUAAUAUUAAUAGUAUUAAUAAUAAUAAUAAUAAUAAUAAUAAUAUAUAUGCGUUUGAAAAUAAUGUGAAAAAUAUCUCAAGUAAUAACAUUAUAACAUCUUCUAUUAAUAAAUUAAAAAAAUGGUAUUUAGAUAAAGUAAAGGAUAAUAAAAAAAAUGUACAGUAUAAUUAUAAUGACGUUAAAAAAACAAAUCCAAAUAUUACCGAAAAUUUAAACAAAGAAAUAAAAGAAAAUAUAAAUACACAUUUAAAAAAUCAUAAUAUUAUUAAUAAUUCUCCUAAUUCUAAUAAUAAUUUUUUAUUUCAAAAUUUUACAUGUAAUAUUGAAAAUGGAGAAAAGGUUGCUAUCAUAGGGAAAAGUGGUUCAGGAAAAAGUAGUUUGAUAAAAUUAUUAUUAAAAUUUUAUGAAGUAAAUAGUGGUAAUAUAUAUAUUGAUAAUAAAAAUAUUGAUGAUAUUGAUCUUUACACUUUAAGAAAAAAUAUAAGUGUCGUACCACAAGAUACUAUAUUAUUUAAUAAUACUAUUUCAUAUAAUAUAAAAUAUGGAAAUUUUCAAUGUACAGAUAAAGAAAUGAUUCAAGCUUCUAUUAAAGCAGAAUUACAUGAUAAAAUUAUUAAAAUGGAAAAUAAAUAUGACACUAUUGUAGGAGAAAGAGGUACAAAGCUGUCCAUCGGAGAAAAACAAAGAAUAUGUAUAGCAAGGUGCUUUUUAAAAGAUUCAAAAAUUAUCGUCCUAGAUGAACAUGCAAGUAAUUUAGAUAAUGAAAAUAAAAAAGCUAUAGAAAAGGCUCUAACCAAAUUAUGUAUGGGGAAAACAACAUUUAUUAUUACACAUGUAAUGGAAAACUUAAAACAUAUGGAUAAAAUUAUAUUUUUCUGUGGAAAAAAUAUAUAUGUGGGAAGCCACAAAGAUCUGAUGGACGAUAAUCACUUCUAUAGAGAAUAUUACGACUCAAAGAAUAAUAAAAUGUUAUGA